GUGGAGAAGUCGCUCUCACAAUAUGCACCGAACUGCUGAAUACUCUCUCACUCCGUGACAAUGGCAUCCCACCCCACCACCACCUUCGAAGACCUGAGCGGCAUCUCCACCGCCUCCUUCACCGACCCCUACGACGCCCUACUAUCCGCCUGUAACAAUAAUCCCGAAGAGAUAGAAACCCGCUACGCACUCCACCGCACCACACGCAACGCCCAACAAAAAGGCAAACUCCUCUCCAACGACUUUCCAGGCGUCAACAUCGACCCGAUCCUCCUCCGCUUGACCGACCAGACCAUUGAACCUGGCUAUGUCGACCCCCGACACUGUCUCGUCUUCUGGGCACGCCCUCCCCAGCACAUCAAAGGCUUGAUUGGCAAGAUCCAGAAGGAGUUAUUGACCGUUGCACCAAACCUCUGGCCCAUGCCCCUUCCCAACCUGCACAUGACCGUCCUCGAAAUCACGCACUCCAGAACCGCCCCCGAAAUCUCCGCCCUCGUCUCCAAGCUAACACCCUCCCUUCCCCCCAUCUGCUCUCACACCCUCACUCACCGCGCCCUUCUCAUCAAGCCCCUCGUCAGCUACGACGCCUCGGCUCUAGCUCUGUCUUUCGUGCCUGCUUCAAAAGCGCCAUCACCAUCCUCAUCAUCCAAGAAACUAACCUCCGAGGAUGGUAUUGAAAAUGGAGACGAAAAUGCCAUCCAGACUGCACCAGAGUAUUCAUACCACCAUCUGCGCCGCGACAUCUACGCCCUCUGCACCGAAGCUGGCAUGAGCGUCGAUUCGAGAUACGUCGUCCCGUCCGCUCAUCUGACCAUCGGACGCUUCAUCACCGGCAAAGAUUUCCAAGACGAGCAGGGAAAUCCUUCGUCGGAGAAAUUGGAAGCCUUUAUCAACAAGAUCGACGAGAUCAACGCGUGGUUGGAGAAGGAGUAUUGGCCCAGUGAGGAUGAAGCAGCGGAAGUUGCAGCUGGUGGAGAAUGGUGGGUGGGGGAGGAGAAGGGCUUGGUUUGUCGGGAAGGGAGGCUAUGGUAUGGGGACGGAGAGACCGUGUAUCUUGGUGAAGGGUAUGAGGUUCAGAGGUGAUUGCCCGGUUAUACAACACGACGGGUUCAUUCCAAGAAGAUCAUAGAUUUCGAAUGCCAUAGACGAAGUAUGAGGGAGCAGAAAACCAGUGCUGGAGUGAGUAGAGUACUUUUAGGGUAUCAACGACAAGCGCUUUCCGCU